UCAAGUGGUGAAGAUGUCACCACACAGUGUUUGCUCUGGUUUCUACCCUCGCCUCGUUAUCUUUGUUCAGUCAAUGUGCCUAUACUCCAUGCGUUUAUUUAGUUGAUCCUGGUUGAUAUGGAAUCUCAUUAGAUAAGUGAUUGCCUUGCGGUGGUGGUGGUCAUAAGGCUGACCAUGGAUGGUGGUCCCACACUAUUGCUGGACUCAGAUACAGAUACUUUAAACCAGUGGAUUUUAACAUGAUUUUGUCAAGAGAGUACGAGACGACUUGCGUGUAUUAAAUAAAAUACAUUAAACAUGAACUUGUGUUCAGUAAUUAGGAAGCACAUUCUUUUCGACGGCGUCAACGCUCUACAGCCCAGUCACUCCCAGCAGACGAGCAACCACGUGUCUGCAGACGUACAUCGCGUCCGGUUCUACAUCGGCGCCUCCAAGCUCUACUCGUCUGGCCACCGGACCUCCAGGUCCAGUGACUUGUUCACCGACGACACGACUAAAGGCUUCCAGAGGUCAAGGCUGUCCAGCUUCAAAAACUUCUUCCGCGGGAACAGUAAACGAAAGAAAAGAAAAUCUCUCGAGCUCAGUGAAGAAGGUUUGAAAAUAGACGGCGCCAUCAUAAGAAAAGCGUCACCGCUGUUGUCAAGGAAACGGCCGACAUCGGUUGAGAAUUUGGAUCCGACUGACGCGCCGGAAGAACAUCACGUGAUCGUGUCGCCCGGGGACACCGACGAGUCCGAGCCGGAUAUUGUGGACGAGCGGGUGCUGAUAAAACCGCCGGUGCAAGUGUUCCGGCGGACCCAGAGCACCAAGUCCCGACACAAACCCAUGCUGGAGGACGAGGAUCUCGACAACCACCGCAUCGCCCGGAGCGUCACGGUGGGGAAUUUCCUGCCCGGGGGCCGCUCUUACCUUCACCCUCCCCUGCACGUGUCAAGGUCGUUUGGCAACUGGACCGUUGACUCUCGGGAAGACGGAGGGGAAGACUUACCCGAGGACGGGAAUACCCCAACACGACGCGGACUGUUCGACCGAGGAAACAACCGCAACGGUUCCAGAAAGAGCAAGAAAGGCGGAUUCCGCAAGGUCAACCUGAGGAAAACGCUGAGUCGUCUGUUUGCCAGGCGACGAAAGUCUGAGGGCGGGUUUAACCCCACCCACAGGGGAUCACAGGGAGGAAUCGUUGGACACAGUCUAGCCAGCGUUGAGCUCGGGAGCUGGGCAGCCCGAGGGUCCAGAAGGGGGUCAGCACUGCCGCCAUUUUGCUCCACCAUCUCCCCCACAGAGGCGUCGUCCCGCACAGAGAUCUUACAAACAAUAUCAAGUUCCAUAAUCCAUUUAUUCCAAAGAAAACCUCUCAAAGAUAACGAGUUAGGGGUCCUUCAAGAUCACGUCAGAUUUUUGAUCAACUCUGAAGCUGGUGGACUGGUACACGAAUAUUACAAAGAUCAGUUGCUGCGGAAAGGCAUGAUUAUACUGAGAGAGAAGAUAAAAAACGAACAAGGACUGGAACUUCUGAAACAACUGGGAGAGACCUGGGAUUAUUUUUUUAAAGAAAUUCUUCCCAUCCUGCAGGCCAUCUUGUACCCACUUACGUCAUCUCUGGGUAAAGAUGAAACCGUUCGAUCUCUGUCUCUGCUGGCUUUCAGAAAUAUUGUUGUCUUGAAGGUCAGCAUAAAAGAAGCCUUAGACUCUGUUAGUAAAAACGAGUAUCCCUCAAGUAUACAACAGAUGCUUUUAGUUUUACAGAGUAUCCAGGACAAUGUAUUUCUCUCAGAGAACCAGUUUUUGUUGGAAAAAUUGGUAGCACGUGUUGUGUGUCCUUAUCUAGGUCAGCGAGGUGUCUAUGAGGGCAGUCCAGAUCCCGUAAUCAAAGUGAAGUUAAAACCAAUUCCAUUCAACAUCCCAAGUGUCAUUGUCUCAGACAACGACAAAAUUCACAGCAAGUCUCCGUUUAAAAUGGAAACUCCAUCAAACUACUCCCCUGUGUCUUCACGUAAAGGACUGCAAGACGUGCGCAAACUCAAGCCAGUGUUGGAGCAUAUUUACGAUGGUGGCAGACGGCAUAGCAUCAUGUCAUGACAAUAAGAUGACAUCUAGGGACUACAUGACAUCACUGUAUUAUAAGUCAAUGUGUAUUUAUAAAUAUUUAAGGAUAUGAUAUUUUAUAAAUAUUGGAAUAUAAAGUAUUGGCACUGUGACUGCUGGAAUGGCAGUUAUAGUACAUAAUUAUUUUUGUACAUGUAUAUAUUUUACGGAAACUAUAUUAUAACAAUAAUGUAUAAAUAUAAAGCUAUUUAUAAAUUACAUACAAUGUGUACACAAUUUUCAGUGUAGUCUAUUUUAAAUGUCAAAAUGAUAUCCUGAAAAAUGAAUUCAUAUGAUAUUCAUCAAUUAUUUAACAUUUUUUAUUUGAAUUAAUUAUUUGAUGUUUACAAUGGAUGUGUAAAUUUCUUCUAAAAUGAACAAAACAUUUUUAAGUAUUUAAGAUGGGGGAAAUAUGCUGGUUAUGCUACAGUAUUUGUAUUAAAAAUGCCUAGUCAAAUUUGAGAUGUGUUUUAUGUGUACAAUCAAAUCUAACUUUAAUAGUUUUUGGUCUGAACAUGUUUGCACACAAUUCGGUGGUUGAACUUGCUGCUAGGUAACUGUCAUGUUGGAUGUGGUCCAUCACAGGUCAGUUUGACUAGGUGACCAGUGGAUAACUGUCAGUUGGAUAUGUGAUCCAUCACUGGUCAGUGUGGCUAGAGGAUAACUGCCAUGUUGGAUAUGUGGUCCAUCACUGGUCAGUGUGGCUAGGUGACCAGUGGAUAACUGUCAGAUGGAUAUGUGGUCAGUUCACUGGUCAGUGUAACAAUAGGAUAAAGAAUCAAAAGAAAAUCUUGAGCCCUGUGUUGGCUAUUUUACCUGUCAACUAGCAUUUCUCCAUACAACAACCAGACAGCAUUUGUAGGUUUCUAAAUGCUAAUCAAUGGACAAUUUUAGUUUUAGAUAUAUGCAACAUAAACUAAAAAUGUGUUGAAUUUUAUUAUAUUUCACAAUAAACAUUAGUAGCCUUAUGUUUGUACAAUAUUUAGCUUUAGAUCUAAAAUACAUUUAUCCCAACACAACAGUAGGUUUUUAGUUUCAUUUAAAAAAUAACUCAGCAUUUUUUACUUACCAUUCACAUAUUUAGAAGCAUUACCCUAGCUGAAGUUCAUACUUAAAAGUUAAAUUUAAAAAAAACAGGUUUCCCUUUUUAUUGAACUUCAACAUUCUUUAGCCUCAAAAUGGAACUAGUGAAGGUACACAUCACACCUCGGCCUAGGCUAAAAUGAUAUGACAUGUUCUAAAAGUUAUACAAACAUACACUAGUUCUCUCCCCAUUUCAGCAUUUUUUUUGCCUAUACACACCAGCUAAUUUUAUUCAAUUGUAUGAUUUUAAUCUCUUUGAAACAUUCCAUUGAUCACUUUGUUUACAUUAUAAUUUAGGUCCGUCAUUUACUUCUACAGUGUGUAGCUUUACAUCCACUAAAUAAAAUUGUGCUGAAGCCCUCUUUUACAUGUCUCUAAUCAGGCCUUGCUGGGCUGCUUAUGGAUAAAUUAAAUAUGUUAACAACAUCACAUAACAUGUUUAUUGUUUAUAUUGAAUACAUCAUAUUAUGUUUAAAUUGCAUUAUACUGUGUUGUUUACAUUACAUCAUACUGUAUCGUUUACAUUACAUCAUAGAAUGUGUCUUGUUGUGAUUAAGAUGUCAUUUGCUUAACCAAGACAAGCUCAUUGAUGGCUGUGAUUUUGAACUGUUUUCUCCCAAGGAGUUAAAACCUUAUAUAAAAAACGUAGAAAAGAUUUUAAACUGCUAUAUUUGAACUGU